AUAGUGGACACACGUUCGCAGUCCAAAUAUAAAUAAAACCACGUGACGGACGCCUGUCGCUUGCGCACUAGCCCUAAUAAACUGGGAAUGUGCGAUAAGCUUUAUUUACGCGAUUGAAUUUCGAAACGUAGCGUUCGCAUACUUUUUUACCGAAUGCAUAGAUAUUGUUUCGAUAGUUUUUUAUUUGUAUUAUUUAAUUUGCAAUGUUCCGAUUCAUUUAGCUGGCGCGGAUUAGUUUUGUUUUUUUAUUUUUUAUCUAUGCAGAACUGAUGUGACGUAUUGUUCUGUUCGAAAUUUGACUUUUAAAUUAAAUUGAUUGUUUUUUUUUCGUGUGACAAUGUGAAGGAAUAGUGUUUUUGAUUACGCAAUAGACUGCUUUGGAACUAUGGAAACGCUGGUGUUGUUAGUCUUCGGGAUCCUAGUGCUUCCCGGGCCUUCGUUUACCAACUCGGACAAUCUAGAGCUGCUGGCCGGCACGCUAAGAACAAGACAGCGCGCUGCGUGUGAUGACGAGAUAGUCUCUCUAGCAUGCCCAAUAGGAACCUACAUCAGUAUUCAAGUGGCCAAAUAUGGGAACAUGCCGGAAGGUCACGGAUGUGUCGCCGGGGCUCAACUACCCGUCAAUACGGUCCUGGAGGAAGGAAAAGAGUGUUUGCGGCCUAAUACUAUGCAGUAUUCGCUUCUACAAACUGUGGUGGAAGCCUGUCAAAAGAAGCCUCAGUGUGAAUUCAGCACGAAAACCAAACCGGGGAUCGUCGAUCCCUGCCCGCAAGCCGGAAAAUUCGUCGAAGUGGCAUACAAAUGCCGACCACAUGAGUUCCAUAGCCGGACAGUUUGUGAGGAUGACGUCAUCGAGUUAUCAUGCAACCCGAACUCCAGGUUGGUGAUCUACGACGCGCUGUAUGGCCGAACAGCGCACGAGUCGGCCCAAACUUGCCAACGGACUUCAGGAGCGGGUGUGUUAGGUGACUCAUGUUCAGCACCAUACGCCUUAAAGACCAUGAUGCAGAUUUGCCACGGCAAGCAGCAGUGUCAAAUUGUGGCCGACAGCAAGACCUUCGGUUCUCCCUGCAGACCAGAGACCAGACCAUACCUUAGAGUGCUUCACACAUGUGUUCCUCUUGGGGUCCUCACCGAUAGAUACGAGAAUUCUUCUGAAGAGGACAAAGUGGCGAAUCAUUAUGACAUCAAUACAGCUGGAGAACACUUUGACACACCCGAUAUUGCCGUGAAAUGGAACAAGCCUGGUAAAAAUAGUAUAGCACCACAAACAACGAGUAUACAUUCAUCAAGCAAUUUUAAUGGACUUAAAUAUAAAGAUCCUUCAACAAGGUCUUCUAAUCUGAAAUUUCUAAUCUAUAUAAGUAUUGCAACAGUAAUCGUUAUCAUACUAGCUGCAAUUUUCAUCGGGAUUCGGUAUUACAGGAAGAAAAAAAGAGCGAGCAACUCCAAAAAUGGCGACAUGUUCACUACAGAAGCGCCAAACGUAUUCAACGAUGCUGCAUCAGAUUUAGACAAUGAUGGUGAGGUCAGUCAUAUAUCUGGAACUUUCUUUGAUCCAGUACAUCCUGAUAUGAUUCUAUAUAGAGAUGGUGCAAACAAAGCCACCCUAAGAGCUAUGAGGCCUUUGAAUACAAUAUAUCCUUGUGCUGGCGCUAGUAUGUAUGGCAACGUUGAUUACGUACCUUCUCAUUCGAGAGAUACGAGUACCAGAUUUGGUAAUAAAGAAGUUAACUCAGAUUUAAUGAUGAGUCCAAAGAGUUUGAGUGGGUAUACCAACUCGCAGUUUUACUAUGGAUGACAACAAGAUUUAAAAGGUGAUGAUGCCUUCAGAAACUAUUGCUUUUAAUGCGGGCGUUAUUUUACUAGAUAAUGUUAUUGCGGGUGAUAUUAAUACCAAAUAACAUUAUAAUAUUAU